AUGUCCUCACAGUUCUUGCAAACAGAACUCUUGAAUCUGAUUCAGGAGUCCAAACGGAAGAAUUCUGACUUGCGAAAUGCUGCUGAGGAGUCACUGAAUGAUUUGAAGGCGUUGCCUUCAACUUCCGAGGCUCAGAUAUCUGCUGGAGAUCUGGUGCGCAAACCUAGAUUUGUCGAUCCAUUUAUCUUAGCUUGCCAUAGUCGACACGCAAAGCUUGCUGGAAUCGGAGUUGUCUGCUUGCAGAGACUUGUGGCUUCACGGUCUCUACCUUCUGAGAGGCUGAAGGAUGUCCUUGGAGGAUUGAAAGAGACGACUAGCCUGAGCCUGGAUAUCCAACUCAAAAUUUUGCAGUCUCUGCCCUCACUUUUGCAGCAUUAUUCCAAUGACCUAGGAGGAGAGCUUCUUGCAAGUACAUUAGAAAUAUGCGCUACGCUGCAAGCAAGCAAAACCCUUGCCGUAUCUAGCACAGCAGCGGCCACACUACAGCAGUUAAUAGUCUCGACAUUCGAACGAGUUGCUGAAGAAGACAAAAUUCUCGAUGAAGGCAAGCCACGAGUGACUAUCAAGCUUGAAACUGACUCUGUGAACAUCGGGUACUCUGCAUACGAUGCAUUGCGGGUCUUGGAUGAUCUGUGCCGUCUUUUAGAUGGCGAGCAAUUGCAUUUUCUGCGUAUCAAGUCACUUUCUCAAACAUUCACAUUGGAACUCAUCGAGAGCGUUCUCACUAACAGCGGACACUUAUUUAGUGGCCAUGCGGAGCUCACGCAUGUCUUGCGGACUCGGCUCAUGCCAAUGACUGUCAGGUACUUCUCUGAGAGGCACGGCUUUGCCCUUACCAGUCGAGUUGCUCGGAUUCUUCUUAUACUUCUCAAGCGUCACAUGUCUCUUCUGACAGCGGAAUGCGAGAUGGCUCUUGGGUUGCUGACUCACCUUCUCGAACCUGAUGGAACGUCGCCUUGGAAAAGAGUACUCUGUAUGGAAGUUUUCAGAGGACUUUAUGCAGAGCCGGGGCUAGUUCGGCUCAUUUAUUCUCUAUAUGACGGAGAAGACAACAGGAAGAAUAUUCUCAGGGAUCACAUGGCCGCUCUCGUUCGUCUAGCGUCUGAGAAGCCUUCGUUAAUUGGAGUCAGCAGUCGUUCAACUGUACCCUUGCGAGCUGAACAUGCACGGUCCAUAACAGAAGAGCAGAUAACACUUGAAGCCGGUGGAGUUGCUGGGGUUAUCGGGGCCACUGGCCCUUCUACUGAGACUAGUUUCCAGGGAAUUAGCAGUCAGUGGAGCACAGUCCGCACGCCGUACAUCGAACUGCUGGACAAGACUGAUCCGCCAUCUCCCCCUGAAACAUACAUCUACAACCUAGUGCUCAAUUGUAUUACCUCAAUUGCAGAAGGGCUGGCGAGGUUCAUACUUCCAUUAACUGUCCCAGACCCAAAGCAGAAGCGGAGAAGUCGGAUUACGAGCCCCCACGAAAGCAUGUCUACUGGGCCUGCACAUGAUCUUCAGAGGGUGGAUUCCGGCAAAACCAUACACAGAUCGAAUUCCAAGAAACUCGCGAUGCCCCUUAAUCCCUUGGACCUAGAUUCUCAUCCUCAAUUGACAGCAAUCAAGGCCUGCGCCGGCAUCAUUGAGAAUUGCUGGCCUGCUAUACUUGCAACAUGUUCCACAUUUCUCUACGCUUCGUUGGAUGAAGAAUACUAUCACAACCUUGUUCGAUCUUUGCAGAAGCUCGCUCAUGUUGCCGGCCUUCUCAGACUGUCCGUUCCGCGGGACGCUUUUUUAACUACUCUAGCGAAGGCUACAAUGCCAGCUGACGUGGCUGGUGCUUCGACUGCAGCCGUCUCAGAUUCCCACAGCAUUACCGCCAUGGAUGAAAAACGCAAGGGCGCCGCGGUGACACUUGUUAGCUCCCCAUUUCCUGCGGACGGCCCGAAAGCAUCUGCGGACAUUGCUUCCUUGUCACUAAGCACUAGAAAUCUUCUGUGUCUGCGUGCGCUCUUGAAUCUGGGGAUUGCCCUCGGUCCCACUUUAGACCAGCCGGCCUGGUCGAUCAUUCUGGGAACGCUGCAGGAUGUAGACUUACUCAUCGGCAUGGCCUCAAGCAAAACAAAUAACUCUAUUAAUACUGCGGGGGAUGUGUCAGGCGAUAUGUCUAAAGCCAGCCUCGGGGCAGAAAUUACAGCUGUUCAAACAGCCUCUGCGAAAUUGUUCGAGAGCACUGGUGACUACCCGAGCGAUUCGUUCGACGGUUUGCUGAUUGCUCUCCUUGACCUCUCCAGCGUGACUGCGGAACCAGUUAAAAAUGGGCCGUCUGACUCGUCACCGUCGCAAAAGCACAUCGGUCGGGCACGGAGGAAUAACCGGGGCGUGUCUUUUGUGGUCGAAAAGUCCAGAGUGCGGGGUGAAGAACUGAAGUUUGUCUUGGACAAAGCAAAAGAGCUCGCCCAAGCAAACCUCGAACGAUUGUCGUCGUUGGCCGACACCGACCGUGGCGUCUGGCAGCUGCUUACUGAGAGGUUGAUUGCCACCGCCGCGAACCCAGAGAUAAGCCAGAGACUUCGUCUAAAAGCGAAUGGUGUACUCAGCUAUGUCGUAUUUGAGACUAUGAAACAGAGAGACGAUGCGGAUGAUUCAGUCCGAAACGCACGUCAUAUCAGAAACCUGGAAACUUUGAACAUGCAAGUCUCCACACUCUAUUCGGUUAACGCUUGCAUGCCAGGGUUACCACCAACUACCUCCGUCAUAGAGAUUCAUGAGCAGAGUCUGGAGACAUUGAAGAGUAUUCUGGAGCAGUAUGCAGAGUCUUUCAAUGAUGGAUGGAUGCUUGUCUUUAGUCUGAUAUCCAGUGUUUUUGGAGACGUUUCCAACGGCGAGAGUGCAACGGCGGCAGGAGAUACCUCUAGCAGGGCGCGUGACAUACGCUCGGUAGCCAAUUCGCCUCGGCUCGUUCGUGCGGCAUACAAAUCUCUGCAGUUAGUCGCUUCUGAUUUUAUCGCUCUCUUGCCACGCCAAUGUCGGUUGGACCUCGUGAAUUCAUUGUCCCGUUUCGCUUUACAGCAAGAGGACUUCAAUAUCUCAUUGACAACGACAUCAUCUUUCUGGAAUGUCUCUGAUUUUCUGCAAGGGCAAAUUGAGGAAUUCUGCAUUGAGUCGCAUGUUGAACUCUCAGUCAGUGAGGAGACACUUUCGACUCUUGCAAGAGGUGAUGAACCCUCAGUCUCACGAAAUGCCCUGUGGCUGCUGCUUCUGCUUAGGAUUGUAAGCCUUGCGAGGGAUAGCAGGCUGGAGAUCCGAAACUGCGCGAUUCAAACACUCCUAAGGAUUUUUGAUGCGUACGGGCAACAACUUUCACCCAAGGCAUGGCGUCUGUGCCUGAAUCGUGUUUUGUUCCUAAUGGUUGAGGCCAUCGAACUUGAACUCGCAAAUUCUCGGACAGCGGAGAAGGUCAGGAGUUCUGAGGUGCUUCAGUCUUGGAUAGAAACCGCAGUUGUCACGAUCAAGGGGUUUUCCAAUCUGAUUACUACAUUUUUCGAGCCUAUUGUCGGAGACGAUGCCUUUGACGCUUCCUGGGAACGACUCCUGGGAUAUUUCCACAAGCUUAUCAGCUCGAACUUUCUGGAGCUAAGCGAAGCGGUAUUCUCCAGUCUGGCAAACAUCCUUCUUCGUGCGCAGACGGCAAAUAAUAUGAGUAAGAACGCUCUUGACCUCGCUUGGUCGCUGUGGGUUGGUGGCCAUCCUGCUAGCAGGGAGGACAUGAUUGACCUCGAACGCCCAAAUCAGGAGGCAUCAUCUGCAUACUUGCAGACAUUUCAGCAGCUGUACCGCCUCUACAAGGACAAUAUAGGAGACGACCAUAUUGAGCAUAUUCUCCAUCAUUUGCGCCUCCUCGCUUGGAACUCCAUCUCCCCUCGUUAUUCGCCGGAUGUGGAUCGGGUUUCGGAUCUUCAAGCAAUUAUCCUCGAGUGUGUGAAAUUGCUGUGUUCAGAGAAGCCGGAGGCUCAGCCAAAGAUUGUUUUCUGUCUCGCUGAAUUCGUCGAUUCCGCGUUGACGAAAUGGUCCACCGAUUCAGAUCCGAGAAGGCCAACCUUUGUUGCGUUCUCGAAAAGCGCGGUAGAGCUCUUGGGCUGGUAUAUUGCUGCCUUUGGUAUCAAGAAAGAUAUCUUCUCCAAUGGCUCUCUAUCCUCUGCCUUGGACCAUCUUGGAAACCCAAUUGUUCAAAAAUACGAGUGGACAGGAAAAGACCGAGAUCCCAGUUUAUGGCAGAAAUCGACCAUUGCAGUGCUGGAUAUUCUCUUUGUGGCGGUUCCAUACGUCGAAAAGCAAUACGAAAACGCAAAUUUAAAAGAGAUAUCGCGGUUCUGGAAGUGUGUGGUAGACAUUGCGAACGGCAUUGCAUCUGCCAAAGGAUAUCGAAACGGAUCCAUUCCUACAGCAAAGAUCCACGCAGACGAAACCUUCGACGUCGACGCUAUGAACAAGCUCAAGUCCAUCAUCAUUCCAUCUCUAGGCGCAGCCAUCAUUCCAGACAAUAUUCGACGCCAAUUCGCACGUACGAUAUUCGAGUCGUCUUUCAUCUACCAACAACAGCGUUUUGGUGCUCCUAUCAAGUAUUCGGAGAAGGAGCCUUUGCAGGGCAUAUACGAUAUCCGGCCUGGCCGAACCUUUGACCCACCGCCAACCCCACGCGGUCGGAUGGCAUAUGUGCUGAUCGACACGCUAUUUGAGCUCGCAUCAGCCCCCCAGCCUGAAACCUCGCCGAGCAAUGACGAUCCAUCCAGACAAGAGACAAUCAAUACGGAGCAAACGACAGCCCGCGUUUUACUCUCGCGCUCUGUCUCCCCGUAUCUCAUACUCCGGUGCGCCGUUUCCCUAAAGGCAUACAUCGCGGAUCAGCCACUCCGCGGACUCAUGCCCCAGCCCACGCCGGCGCGCAAGGCGCUUCUACAUCUUCUCCGCGGCAUGAUCGAUUUGCGGAGCGAACCAACUGCCAUUCCUGCUCCGCCUAUAAUCCGCACAGUGGUCAUAUCAUCCGGCGACUCAAGCCAGGCUGGAAAUGGACAUCAGAAGAAACAUCUGGAAUGGAUAUAUCCACUCGCUGUGAAGGCAGUGCAGGUCGCUGGGAGGGAAAAAGAUGACGGAGAGGUUCUCCAGGUUCUCGGAGCGGUUUUAGAUCGGGUCGGCAACGAUAUUUAA